CAGAUAUGUUGUAGAUUUGACAAACCAAUGUUUUUUUUGUCAGGGACUGUCAGGGGCCAAGGGCAGGGUGAGCGAGCUUGCUGUGCUGCAGUUUAGAAAAGAAUGCCAGGGUGCGCUUUCAAAAAUAUGCAAGAAGGCACUGGAUAAGUGCCCUCUAAAAUAUGCAACUGUCCAUAACAUGAUGUGUCUGGACCCAAGAAAAAUGUAUUCCAGCCCUGACGAAUGCCUACAGAAACUGAAACGCCUCAUUGAGAAGUUUUUGCUGGACAAACAGUUGACAGGCGGGAUAUCUUCUGGUGAUGUGAUUUCUCUACAGUUUGAGAAGGCCCUUUCCAAUGAGGCCAAAUCGCUGGAAUUUGCCAAUUUCCAGCCUUCAGUGUCCAGGGUUGAUGCAUUCCUGUCUCAGAAUCUUAGUUCCUACACUGGCCUGUGGAACUUCUGCAAGAAGUUACUACUCCUCUCACAUGGACAAGCUGAAGUGGAGCGGGGCUUCUCAAUCAACAAAGAAGUGGAGACGUGCAACAUGUCUGAGGAGACAGUUGUUGUUCAAAGGCUCAUCUGUGAUCAAGUGAAUGUUUGUGGAGGGGUGACACGAGUGCCACUUACAAAAGAGCUAAUCAGUUACUGUUCCUCAGCACGGAGUCGUUACCGGGCACACUUGGAAGAGGAAAAAAAGAAGAGAGAGACAGAAGAAAACUCCAAGAAAAGAAAGUAUGUCGAAGAGGACCUGAAAGAGCUAAAGAUGUGGCCCGGUUCAAUGGCCACCACACCUAGGCGCGUAAUCGAGCGCACGUUUGGCAUGCUGAAAGGGAUGAGGGUGACAACCCAGAGGAUUGAGCAGAUGGUGUCUGGCAACAAACUUCGGGAUAGACUGGAAGUCACAUCCGAACAGUGUAAAUUCCCUUAA